AUGUUGGCUUCAAUCAUUGCUGUUUUGUUAUCCUACAUUGUAUAUGGAAUAAUAUGGCGUCUAUACUUCAGUCCAAUUGCCAAGUUCCCCGGACCGAAGCUGGCUGCUAUCUCCAUGCUCUAUGAAAUAUACCAUGAGAUUGUCUUGGGAGGAAAAUAUACCUUCAAAAUCAAGGAGUUGCAUGAGAAAUAUGGACCCAUAAUCCGUAUCAAUCCCUGGGAGCUUCAUAUCAAUGAUCCGGACUAUUACGAUGAAUUGUAUGCCGCUGGUGGGAAAAGACGCGAUAAAUAUCCUUACUAUACCAAGCAAUUUGGUAAUUCCGAGUCGAUGAUUGGUACUGUCUCGCACGAUCACCAUCGUCUUCGUCGAGGAGCCAUGAACCGUUACUUUUCCAAAGCCAGUGUGUUCCGCCUCGAACCCAUGAUUCAGAAAUAUGUAGAUUCGCUUGUUCAUCGGCUCCGUUCGUAUAAAGAUACUAAGAAGCCGGUUAAUCUCUCAUGGGCCUUUUCGUGUUUUACUUUUGAUGUCAUUUCGGAAUACGCGUUGGGAAGAACAGAUAGCUCUAUUGAGAAUUCUGACGAUUUUCACACGGAUUUUCAUGAUGCGAUUGAAAAUGUUGGUAACAUAUCACAUGUUACAAAGGUGUUCCCUUGGAUUUUCACCUUGAUGCAGUGUAUGCCAUUGUCGCUGAUAAGGUUUCUUGAUCCGAAGACUGUUAGCGUUGUGGAAUUUCAAAUGGGAAUGAAAGCUCAAAUUGGUGCUAUCAUCGAUGGAAAGAACGCCAAUUAUGAACGUUCUUCCCAGCUGACAAUCUUCCAUGAAAUUCUCUCUAGUGAUCUUCCCCCAAACGAGAAAUCAGUAGCUCGUCUCUGGCAAGAAGGACAAACAGUCAUAGGAGCCGGUACUGAAACAACAGCUUGGACCUUAUCUGUUAUUGCCUACCAUGUCCUCGCUAACCCUGAUAUUCUAUCGAAACUUCUUGCCGAGAUGGAGGGAAAGAAUGCAUUAAAGGAAUUAGAACAGCUGCCUUAUUUGACAGCUGUGAUACAAGAGGGACUGAGAUUAAGUUUUGGAGUUGUGGCGCAUUUGCAAAGGAUAUCUCCGGAUCAAGUAUUGAAGUUUCAUGAGUGGGAAAUUCCUUCUGGUACCCCUGUAUCCAUGUCCUCCUACCUUCAACAUCUCGACCCGCGCAUAUUUCCCUCCCCCAACACAUUCUCACCAGACCGUUUCCUUGAAAAUCCAUCUCUAUCAAAAUACAUUGUAAGUUUCAGCAAAGGAUCGCGUCAAUGUUUAGGUAUCAAUUUAGCAUGGGCAGAGCUGUAUUUGUGUGUCAAGGGUGUUAUUGGAGAGUUGAAUUGUGGAGAUGGGAGUUUGGCGUUGCAUGAUACGAAUGUUGGGGAUGUGGAGUGCACCAGUGAUUAUUUCGUGCCGGCGAGUAGUGGGAGGGGAGUGAGGGUUUUGGUUGGGUAG